AUGUCCAGACUGUCCAGCUUGGCAUGCGCACCGCAGCAGCACUCGGUUUCACUCGCCAUUUCAACCAGCAUGACGUCGCUGCCUCGGCCUUCACUCAGACAUCAGACUUCAGCUGGAACUACAGGGAGUGGUCUGUGUCCUGUGUCCACUGGCUUGCAUCUGCAUACGGUACCGUACACGGACCACCAGCAUCAGGAACCAUGGAUGAUGCAGGGUGCUCACCCAAGGCUUGCCACUACACCGAAUAGAGACACAUGUCCCAGAGCGUCAACAUGCUUCGCCCUCUGCAGCCACGCAUCUUGCAGUCGCCCACAAUCGCUCGUUGUAUCAAACGCAGAUCGAUAUUCUCUACAAUGGCACAUCAACGCAUUGCAAACCCCGCUCUCUUUGUUUGCGAUCUGCAGGAAAAGUUCCGGCCCGCUAUACACGAGUUCCCCAAAGUCGUUGCAACCACACAGAAGCUGCUCAGAGCCAGCAAGAUCCUGAACAUUCCCGUAUUUGCAACCACACAGAACAAAGCUCGACUCGGAGAGACAUGCCCUGAACUCCAGCUCGAUGCACCAGAAGGCGUCCAGACCCUCGUGCACGCAGACAAGACGCUCUUCUCCAUGAUUACCCCAGAAGUCCAGAAAGCCCUCGAUCCACUCCGUGCAAAUGGCCCCAUCUCCGCCAUCAUCGUCGGAAUCGAAAGCCACAUCUGCAUCACGCAGACUACGCUCGACCUCCUCCGAGCCGGCCACAAGGUCUAUGUCAUUGCCGAUGCAGUGAGCAGCUGCAACAAGGAAGAGGUCCCGCUAGCCCUGGCUAGGCUGAGGCACGAGGGCGCCGUUGUCACAACGAGCGAGAGCUUCCUAUACGAGGCUGUGGGAGACGCCUCCACACCAGAGUUCAAGCAGAUCAUCAAGCUGGUCAAGGACACAUCAGCGAGCACCAAGGAGUCGCUGCAGACGCUUUGCAAAAUCUGA